CAGUAUAUCUCAAUAAGUAGGUACCUUGAAUAACAAUAUUUAUUGACCCAGAGCAGUGAGUUCCACUGUUGAGUAGAGGCACUCAACAGAUUGGAUGGAUUUAAAGAAGCAACACAAGCUUAUGUGGAUUAAACGGUUUGUAAAGUGCAGUGAAGAGGAGGAAACUCUCUUAACAUCCACAUGAUUGAGCUAUUAAGUCUCACUGCUGGUAUGACACUGCCUGCUAUAUUUGUGUUUCACAGAAUUUUCUGGACAGCAAAGAUAUUAAAAACAUACUAUUUGAAAUUCUGUCUCUUUGCCUUUGGCGUAUGUAUAUAAUGUUUCUUGUGCAAAUUUAGAUGUCAGACCUGUGUCAUCAGAAUCAGAGGAAGUCAAACUGAGAAGUGUGGUUGGAUCAGAUUAUGCGGCAUGCUCGCUGUUUUGCACUUACAGCUGAGCACCAUCCAUAGUUCGUCAGUCUGUGGCAGUGUACACCGUUGCCAGCCCAGUGACCAUAGAUGUCCAUGAUAUUGAUAAGCCUGCCCUUCAUGAUGAGGAAGAGGCGGUGCUUCCUCUUCACCUCCGCUGCACCUGCGCGCUUCUGCUCUGCCUUCUCACAUCUCGCCGCCCACAGACGCUUCCUGCAUCAUCGCUGAUGUCUGCCUCCAGUUUCACCGCCGGUAACAACGGCCAACAAUAGGCCCGGGGCCAGGAUCUAACUUAUGGAACAUGGCGAUAGUUUUGAGAGGACUUUAAACUAAUGAAAUGUGGCCAAAACUACGACUAGCAGAUUAAUAAAACUUCACCUGUGCCUGGCGGGGAAAUGCAGGACGAAAGCGGCAAAGCACCUCCCGGGAGCCCCGCUGCGCAGAAUUCAAUACAUAAAAACGGACAUGCUGUUACUCAGAAUGGCCUUAACGGAACACAUACAACAGGACUCCAGACACCAGUGGACUCCAGAGCCCCCAGUCCUAUACCUGCGCUCCCCCCAACCAUCCCAAGGGAACAGUGGGGUGGAAAAUAUGAGUUCCUGCUCUCCUGUAUCGGAUACUGUGUUGGGCUUGCAAAUGUGUGGAGAUUCCCAUACCUAUGUUAUCGCAAUGGAGGAGGGGUAUUUCUCAUCCCAUACUUUAUUAUGCUGUUUGUCACUGGAGUGCCACUGUUCCUCAUGGAGCUGAGUUUAGGCCAGUAUGGAGCAGCAGGCCCGAUCACUGUGUGGAAAUGUUGCCCUCUGCUAAAAGGGAUUGGCAUUGGGAUGCUGUGCGUGUCUACUCUUGUGUCUCUCUAUUAUAAUGUCAUUAUUGCAUGGACAUUUUAUUACCUGGGGAGCUCAUUUCAGAGCCCCCUGCCCUGGUCCUGUGAUGCUGUAGCCAAUGCAGCGCUCUGUGGAAAUGAGACAGAAGGGAAUACCACCAAAAGACUCAGCCCCACCGAAAUCUUCUGGAAUGAGCGUGUUCUGGGGGUAGUGUACAGUGAGGGGCUCCAUGACCCCGGCCCGGUGCGAUGGCAGUUAGCUCUCUGUCUACUGGCUGCCUGGUUCAUCAUCUUUCUGUGCAUGCUUAAGGGCAUCCACAGCUCUGGGAAGGUGGUCUAUGUAACAGCCACUUUCCCAUACUUUGUGCUCAUUGUCCUAAUCAUCAGAGGGGCUACACUUGAAGGAUCGCUGCAAGGCGUUGCUUUCUACCUCACUCCAGACUGGGCCCGGUUAGGAAGUGCACAGGUGUGGAAUGAUGCAGCCUCACAGAUAUUCUACUCUCUGGGGAUAGGUGUUGGUGGGCUUCUCUCGAUGGCCUCAUAUAACAAGUUUGACAACAAUGUGAUCAGGGAUACUAUAGUUAUCACAGUGGGGAACUGUGCGACCAGCUUCUUUUCUGGGUUUGCCAUUUUCUCCAUCCUGGGACACAUGGCGUGGAGGAAGGGAGUGCCGGUCAAAGACGUGGCUGACACAGGUCCAGGUUUGGCAUUUGUUGCUUACCCAGAAGCCCUUGCUCUGCUGCCAGGGUCCGUAUUCUGGUCCAUCCUAUUCUUCCUCAUGCUGUUUAUGCUGGGAGUUGAUACUCUGUUUGGCAACAUGGAGGGCAUCACCACAGCAGUGCUGGAUGAGUUUCCACAGCUCAGGCAAAAUGCGCUGCACAAGUCGUUGUUCCUGGGCGUACUCUGUUUUGCCUUCUACCUUAUGGGCCUCCUGCUGGUCACUAAUGGGGGCAUUUACUGGUUCACCCUCAUUGACUCAUUCAGCACCAGUUUUGGCCUCAUCAUAAUCACCCUCUUCAUGUGCCUUGGCAUCUCCUUUUUCUAUGGAGUGAACCAGUUUUGUCAGGACAUCAUAGAUAUGAUCCGUCACUGCCCUCCGUGGUGCUCCAAAGUUUUGCUUUACUUCAAAGGAUGCUGGGUUUUCUUCACUCCGUUUCUUUUAAUGUUCAUCCUGACUUUCAUCUUCAUUGAAAUGUACAACACACCUCUUAUGUACGGGUCCUAUAAGUAUCCCAUGUGGGGUAAAGCGCUCGGCGUGUGCAUGGCAACAGUCUGCUGUCUACAGAUCCUCAUUUGGGGCAUUGUCGCCAUCUGCAAAGAAACUGGGACGCUGAAAGACCGUUUUCAAAAAUCUAUUCGACCUCUAAACUCCUGGAGGGUGAACAAUUUGAACAGCACCGGGCGGGUGGAGGAGCGGGUGGAGCCGGAGAGAGUGGAGGCUCCGUUUACAGUGACGCUCACGGAUAUGGACUUCACCGCCAUGACCUGGGAGGUGGGGAGCCACGCGUGAUCUGUUGGAGAACAGGGAAUGAACUACUUAAGGAGAAACUAUUACAAUUGCACAACUUGACUCUGAAAGCUAUAUCUGUAAGAACUGUCCUGGAGUGCUCCUGGAUUUAUUAAAUCAAACUGUUGUUUACCGUCAGGACAAUCUUCAGCACUGAAGAUAUUUUUGUUUUAAGAUAUGGAUGAUAUGGACUCUAUAAUUUAUUAACAUUGCCAGUGUCAAUAAGUAAUUUAUUGUUGAAAGUUUUUUUGUUAAAGUUGCGCUAUGUAACUGGGAGACUGCUACCAUCUUGUCUGGAGGCAUAUUUUAUUGCUUUACCUGGAAUGUUCCACAUCAUAGCAUUAAACGUCUCUGUCUCCAUAAAGGAAGUCCACUCACAUUAAUAAUUUUUCAUUGUACUUUUCUUGCAAUAACAAUGCCUGUAAUUAAAUAAAUAUGACAAAUAUAUCAAACUGAGCAACAUUGUAGGUAAAGCGUUAAGGAGGUGGCGCAUGGUCCACUAGAAAAGUUACACAAUGCACCUUUAAAAAAGUGAUCAUGUUUAUGAAAAAAUAUCACUUGAAUUUCCAGACUUCCAACUCAAUCAUUGUUCUGCGACAACGUUCUGUUAAAACAAGCUAAACUGGUGGUGUUUUUAAAUUCUUAUUUUGCAAAACUGUUUUUACUGUAAAUUAUAAUUUUAAAUGAAAAGAUCAUAAAUUAAAGAAAGAAAUAUGUUGCCAAACUCUAGAUGCUUGUUAUUCAGAUGUUUUAAUUGUGUGAUGGGCAUUGAACUGUCUACAUUUCAAGUAGUUAUUUUAUUUUAAAUGUUUUGAUAUUUUGAUCUACAGAGACUGUUUACUUGUUUGCAUACAUUUGGAACAAGAGGGAAUAGCUGGUCUCUUUCAUGUUCUUUGUAAACAAUUGUAAAUGGAAUAGUGGCUUAGUAUUGUAAAAAUUGUUAUUACUCAAAAGUUUAUUUUCUUACAUUAAAAUGAAAAAUGUGCCAUGUUGCACAGUCGACAUGCUGCUUAUGUACAUGAUAGAAGUUUAUUUAAUAUUAUAAAGUAAAAUCUGAGAUUGUCAAUAAUAUUCUCUAUGCUAUCUUGCUUUGAUUUUGUUGUUUUAAUUUGAAAAAAAAAUAAAAGUGUCACUGGACAUCA